AUGUUAACACAUCAUGAUAAAUCCAUGGGUAUUGAUAAUCUUCAUCGAAGUGAUAUAUCAAUUAUUCAUGAAGACGAUGAUGAUGAUGAUAAUAAGCAUCAAAAUACGCAAGCCAAUGGCGAAAUUGAAGAAUUAGAAACAUCGAGAACACGAAGAUUAAUUAAAAAAGUAGCAAAUUUUUUAGUUUCACAUAUUGGUUUAGUUGGCCUUGUUGUUGUUUAUGCCGUUGCUGGUGGAUUUUUAUUUGAACUACUGGAGCAACAUCAAGAAAAACUAAAUUGUCAAGAAGCAUUCGGUGAACAUACAGUUCAACUUACUAAAUUAAAACAACAACUUGUUGCUUAUAUACAAUAUAAUGUUUCAUCAUUCUCAUCAACAUCAACGACAUUAACAUAUUCACUUGAAAGAGAUAACACAACAGUUGCCUAUACAAAAAUCGGUUUGAUGUUAUAUAAUUAUAGAGAUUUUGUUAUUACAACUGGUGCAAAAUAUCGAUACUAUGGAGAUGAUUGUUCUGUUAUUAAUAAGUGGACGUAUCCCAAUGCUUUACUUUUUGCGAUAACAAUUAUAACAACCAUUGGUUAUGGAAAUGUGACACCAGUGACAUGGGAAGGUCAAAUAUGUUGUAUAUGUUAUGCGACUAUUGGUAUUCCAAUAUUUCUUUUAUGUGUGGCAAAUAUAAGUGGUGUUCUCGGAGAAAUGUUUCGUUUAUUAUAUUCAAAAGUUAUCUGUAGACCAUGUUAUAUGAUUAAAAGACGACGUGCUAAUGCACGGAAAGCUAAACUUGAAGAAGAAAAUGGAAUGCAUAAAGAUCAUGAGAUUGCUGCCAGUUGGAAAGUUCAAGACAAUAGUAAUAAUACCACUAAUACAUUAGCAAAAAUAGCAAAUCGUGUUUUGCCUGAAUCGGAACAAGAUGAAGAAGAAUCCUCACAAAAUCAACGUGUUGCGGUGCCAUUAACAAUAACUAUGCUAAUCAUUGCUUUUUAUAUAUGGGCUGGUUCACUGAUAUUUCAUGCGUUUGAACAAUGGUCGAUGAUUCAAGCUGGAUACUUUUGCUUUAUUACAUUGGCAACAAUCGGAUUCGGUGAUUUCGUACCUGGCCAAAGAAAAGAUGAUCCCAAAGCAAGUUUAAAACUUAUAGUUGGCGCUAUCUAUGUGCUUUUUGGUAUGGCAAUUCUAGCCAUGUGUUUUGAUUUAAUGCAAGAAGAAAUCGUGGCAAAAUUUCGUUGGAUAGGCCGUAAAAUUGGUAUUAUUGAAAAAGAAAAAGUUAUCAUGAUGAAUCAACAGAGUCAACCGCUUCAAUAUAAUAGACCUCUAUCAGGAACAUCGUCUAUUACUGAUUUUAGUUCAACGAUGAAUUCAACUGGUAAAAUAAUUGACGAUGACAAUGAAAAUGGAUUCCAAACACGUCGUAGUUCAAGUGGAGCACGGAAAUUUAGUCCUCGUAAUAAUAUCGCUCGUGUUCAUCCCGUAACAGUCAGCUCAAACGAAGGAACACUUCAUCAGCGAGCCCCUAUUGCGAAAGCAAAUUAA